AUGUCCAGUGUAUACGCUUGCACGUUGUCCUUCUUCCUUGCCGUGCUAAAUCCGGUGAUCCUCGCCCUUGGUGCCGCCGGAAGCAGCGGUGAGGCCGGAUUCAGCCUGCCCCUCGUGCCCCAUUACCGCACUGCAGCAGGCGUACUUGACGAGCUCCUGCUGGAAGGUGAUGCCGAGGGCGGCAUGAACAUCACGUCCAUACGCCCCAAGAUGAUCCCAUAUUCGGGGGCCAUAUACAGUGUCCGUGUCGGCAUUGGCAGCGGCGAAACCCAGCACUUCUACAAGCUCGCGCUCGAUCUCGUCCACCCCCUAACGUGGAUGAGGUGCCAACCAUGCAUACCGGAGAAGAAGCAGGAUGGCUCCGUCUUCAACACUGCCGUCUCCCCUCAUUACCACUUCAUUGCGUCCACAGAUCCUCGUUGCACGGCUCCGCACAAGCGCGCCGGCCAGGGGCAGGGCCGGUGCACCUUCGAAAUCAAGUUCCAGUACGAGCGCUCAAGAGCGCACGGCCUCCUUAGCACCGACGACUUUGUCUUCGACGGCAGCGGCCCCGGCAGCCCCAUCAGCGGUGUGGGCGGCCUUGUCUUCGGCUGCGCGCACACCACGCACAACUUCAUUAACCACGACAUCUGGGCCGGCGUCAUGAGCCUCAACAGGCACCCGACCUCCUUCAUCCGGCAGCUCUCGGACCGCGGCCUCGCCGCCUCGUGCUUCUCGUAUUGCCUCGUUGGCAGGGAGCACGACAACCAGCGUGGCUUCCUCCGGUUCGGCGCCGACAUCCCGGACCAGUCGCACACACGGAGCACAAAGCUGCUGCACGGAGAACUCGCCCAAGGAGGAGGCAUGUACUACGUCCGCCUCGACGGCAUCAGCCUGGGCGGGCGAAGGCUCACGGCGAUCACGCCGGCGAUGUUCGAACGCAACCCGCACAGCCUCCACGGCGGGUGCAUCCUCGACAUUGGGACGGCGGACACCUUGUUGACUCCAGACGCGUACCGUGUCCUGGUGGCCGAGGUCGUGGCGCACAUGCACAGCCGCGGGGUGCACCGCGCGACUGUGCCGGGGGUGCAGAAGCUGAAACUCUGCUUCCACGGGACGUGGCAGAGUAUCCGCGCGCACUUACCGAGCAUGACGCUCCACUUCAACCCGGAAUCAGCCGUGCUCUAUAUCAAGCCGGAGCUGCUGUUCGUGGCGGUGACGCACGAACAUACCAAAAACACUGUAUCUCGAAAAGUUUCUGCUUCCAGGUUUACCCAUUUGUGUGAAAGUGACUUCUUGAUCAGUUGGAUGGCGACGUGCAUUAUUUUGGUAGAUUACCGUGUAGAAUCGCGCGGUGGCCGUAGGCCUUCGAUGAAAAUUUGUUAACUGAUUCGCAUUUUUCCGUGUGCACUUUGGGUGUCUUUAGCGAUUUUGAUUCAGAUAAUUGUUUGAUCUUGAAAGCAACCUACGGGGGUUUGGGCUGUUGACGCGUGCAUUUUUUUGGGAUGUACUGUGGUACAAAUGCAUGUGUGGGCGUAUAUGCAUCGGCUAAUUUUUUUGAACGUGCUUGCUUCACCGCCGUGUG